GCCAAAACAAACAACCCAAAAACACGAGGCAAACGAGUCCUGAAAACCUCUCUCCCUCGCUCUGCUCUUCCAAGCUACCCUGAAAUCGAAACUCUCGAAUCGAACUCCUUUGAGACCUUUACGCGUCGACUAUAUAUAUAUAUCACGUGAAUUCGAUGGUGGUGAUGGUGAUAUUGAAACCCUAAUUGGCCCAAUUGGGACGAUGGUGGUGGGGUUGGUCGAUGAUCUUUUCUUCUUCAUCUUCUUGAACCCUAAUUCAAUUCUCGAUGGAACAGAACCAAAAAACAGCGAAAAACAAGGCUUUAGUAGCGGCAGAGAAUCAAGACAAGGACAUUGUGAAGGUCGUUCAAUGGGAAGAUUUCGAACAAGAGCUUGCGCGUCUCAUGAGUCUCUCCUCUGCCCUCAACGAAGCUAAGGAGAAGAAGCUCUUGCUUCAACAGCAACUCGACUCCCACAUACAGGUAAAAGCAGAGUCGUUACAUUGGUCAAAUCAGCUAGAUGAUAUGCAUGAGAAAUUGGAAUCUCGAAAACUGGUGAUGGGAAAUAUGUCAAUGCAUGUGAAGGUCGUAGAAGAUAAUGUUAAAAAGGAAGAGGAGAGACUCAGCAAUGAAAUUAGAUCUCUUUUGGUUGCUGGGACAGCUCUUUCUGUAGCUAGUAAGCGUUUGCAGGAAGCAAAUAGAUUACUCGCCGGAGAAAGAGGUUAUGUUCAUCUGAGAAGUGUGCAGAAGUUGCUGAGAGUGAGGCAACAACAUUUGAUAUCACAAGUUUCAUUGCUCUAUCCCGUGAAGGUUGUGACUGGGCAUGCAUAUGAGCAAGAACUUGAAUUUUUUGCUGGCAGUAGUAGAUCAGGAAAUUCUGCUGGAUCAAAACCUAUUGAUGAAGGACCCUUGACUAUUUCAGGUCUACAUCUCACUGUGCUCCCUUUUAAGAAGAUGAGUUUUUUCACUGAUAAGAAGGAGGUUCAGAGAUCUGCAACUGCCCUGGGAUAUGUCGCUCAUGCUGUUUUGAUUAUUGCUUCUUAUUUAAAAGUUCCCUUGCGUUACCCUUUGCGAUUGGGAGGUUCUCGAUCAUAUAUUCAUGACCAUGCACCUUCAGCAGAGCCUACAUCAUCUGAUUCAGCAUCAAAUUCGUUACAUUCCUCCGAUUUAAAGCCUACAGAAUUUCCUCUCUUUUUAGAUGGUCAAGAGACAACAAGAGCAGCUUAUGCUGUAUUUUUGCUUAACAAGGACAUAGAGCAGCUUUUGAAUUUCAUUGGUGUGACGAGUUUAGGCCCACGCCAUGUACUGGCUAACUUGAAAGAGCUUCUAAGGACCAUCCUUUCUCCAGAAUAUAAAGAUACGUUGUUAUGAGCUUUCAAUCUUCAAUUGUAUGUUUUUGUAAAUGGAUUAUUUGUGUGUUCUUACACAGGUGCAAAUUUUUUUGAUGGAGCACCAUGCCAUAUAUAUACACCACCCUUGUAAUUUGUUAUUUUAGAGCAAUGCAAUGCUUAAUUUGUAAUUUGUCA